AGCAGCAUCAGUAUAGCGCUGUACAUGCGUGUGCGCGAACGUGCAAGGACAGGAAAGAUGGCGGCCUCUGCGUUACGCCGAGGUUUCCUGAGCACAGUCAGUAAAUACAACAAGAAACACACACACAGAAUACUGAGUGUCACGGACACCAGUAGCGGGUUUGAGGCGUACAGACCACGGUUACAAUGCCGGGCCUGCGGCUUGCCCGGCGGUGUUCAGCAGAGGAGGUUCAUGUCGUCACGGAACAGGCCUGAAGGGAAGAUUUUGGAGACAGUGGGAGUGUUUGAGGCUGUGAAGCAGCACGGCAAAUAUGAAACGGGACAACUGUUUCUCCACAGUGUGUUUGGCUACAGAGGCAUUGUCUUGUUUCCCUGGCAUGCCCGACUCUAUGACAGAGACAUCACCCCUCCCAUGUCUGACAGCAAACCUGAGCCUCCAGGAGCCCAUGGCUCCAAGGAGGUGAAGGGGAAGACUCACACCUACUACCAAGUCUUGAUUGACACCAGAGACUGUCCUCACAUAUCUCAGAGGUCUCAGACAGAGGCAGUGACGUUUCUGGCCAACCAUGAUGACAGCAGAGCCCUGUACGCCAUCCCAGGUCUAGACUAUGUGAGCCAUGAAGACAUCCUGCCCUACAACUCUGCAGAGCAGGUUCCCAUCCAGCAUGAGCUGUUUGAGCGCUUCCUCAUGUACAACCCUGCCAAAUCUCCUCCGUUCACAGCCAGAGACACCCUGAAGGCGUGGCAGGAGAAGAACCACCCCUGGCUGGAGCUCUCAGACGUCCACAGGGAGACCACCGAGAACAUCCGAGUCACCGUCAUCCCCUUCUACAUGGGCAUGAGGGAGGCCCAGAACUCCCAUGUUUACUGGUGGCGAUACUGUAUCCGUCUGGAGAACAUGGGCAGUGAGGUGGUUCAGCUGAGAGAGAGGCACUGGAGGAUCUUCAGCCUGUCAGGAACCCUGGAGACAGUCAGAGGACGAGGAGUCGUAGGCAGGGAGCCCGUGUUGUCUAAAGAGCAACCAGCCUUUCAGUACAGCAGCCAUGUGUCUCUACAAGCCCCCAGUGGUCAUAUGUGGGGGACGUUUCGUAUUGAAAGGACCGACGGCUCCCACUUCGACGUUCGCAUUCCCCCUUUCUCCCUGGAGAGCAACAAAGACGACAAAGCGCCCCCCGCUGGCUACACAUUCUAACUGCGAGUAGUCACCUCCCACCCGUGAGGCCCGGACACACUAUCAGUCCAGGACGUGGCUGGGUCGUCUAGAAUUGUCCUUCCCCUGUAACAUUGCCUCAGCCUUCAGCAUAAAACUAGCAUGAGUCAAGUUAUGCAAAGGGAAAAUAUAGCAUUUUCUAGAUCAGACAAGUGCGGGCGCACCUUGCCCCUUUUUUUUUCCUGUCAGAGUGCACCCAACAGCAGUGUGUCAUUGAUUAAAUCAUAUAGGGUAUAAAAUGGAUUCUUCUUCACUCCGUGUUGUGUUUGAAGAGACAUGCACAGUCUAGUGGAAGAGGACCGGGAGGCAGGGAGGGGAGUUAAUGUUGCCAAGCAGAGCUUCUCGUUCUCGUUCUGCAUCGAGUAGCUGAAACAUCGACUCGGUUGUUUUUAUAGUGGGAGAACUUCCUGCUGAGCAUCAUACUGAGGCCUCAGUUGGAUACUUUAAAUCAACCAGAAAGCCAUCACUACACAUUACACCCCCCCCCCCCCCCCCCCUCCAUAAUGAUGUUCUUGUUGGGAUUUAUAAAAACAUUACACAACUUUUAUCUUGGACCUAGUUUUCUUGUCAUGUUUUUUAAUAAGCAUAAAAUUAUCCUGUCACACUUUAGUAAUGUCAGACCUCAGUGGGACGCUGAUGAGAGGAAAUCUGAUUGAAUUCUAGGCUGGUUACAGUGCACGAGUGUCAAUGUCAAAGUGAAUUCAGAUCUCUUCAAAAUAAAAGAAUAUAUAACUGUAAUUUUCAAUGUCAGUGUUUAGUAGUGACACCUCUGGCAGCAGUAACAGCCUUGAGUGUGUGUAGAGAGGUCUGUGUGAGCUUUGCACAUCUGGAUACUGCAGUUUAUCCCCAUUCAUUAGUGUAAAACCUAAGUUUAUCCACUUUGCAAAGUUAGUGUUGUUUUGAAAUCCUCCAGAGCCUGUGGUAAAGAAGCAUCUCCACGCUGCCACCACCAGGCUUUAUGCUGCGUUCACGUCAUGCGAGGGAGAUGGGAAAAAUUCCCAUGUUCGCUGCUUGUCUGGGUUCACGUUACACAGGACAGCUCAAGAUGGCUGUGUGAUGGCUGAGCCGGUUUGUGAGGGUUAAAAAUACUGCGCAUUGACAAUAUAAAGCUAUUAAAUUUGAGUUUAAUUACAUUGAAUGUUAGACAUGAGCUGACGUUAGGCCCCAUAUCAGGUGUAUUGGAGCUCUCAGAAAAAAGUCUUCCUGUCAUUGUUACGACUUGGACGUUGAUGUGAAUGCUACUUCCAAGUCUGAAACACAGAAUGACGUUUGCUUUUUUUUUAAAAAUUUGGUCGAUGUGGGGUCUUUGUCUUACAUAAAACAUAGCCUUGAUGCAGUCUGUGAAACCCUGUGGUAGUUUUUAAUAAACCUGUCACAGGUUUCUUUGAAGACUUGUUUUGUCUUCAUGAUGCCAUCACUGGCAGGAAAGCAGCUGCUGAAUCAUUCAGACACAGACGUAUUUAAACCUGAAAUUGUGUGUCACACCUUGACUGAACACCUCUCCAUUCAGAUAAUUAUAUGACUAAAAAAUAGUUGGCUGCUCCUGUGUCACAGUGAAGGAAGUAAAUACUUACACCAUCCAUUAAUUUGUGUUUUAUAUUUGUACUUAAUUUGGAUAAUUUCAAUAGAGAUCUGGUUCCUCUUUGACAUUGAAGUCCUGUUUUCUUGUUUUCUUCUAAUUUCAUCCACUGUGAUUCAGUGGUGUGAAAGAUCCAGCGAUUAAAAACUUGUGGAAGGCUGAAAACUUUUUAUAAAUAGUGUACGUGUUCACUGCCAACAGUGAGUCCUUCCGUUCCUGGAAAAGAGGCGAGGGUCAGGUCUUAGUUGUCUUUGAAUAGCUAACAUGGCCACACCAUUAAGUAAUUAAAGCAAGCAGUUGACAGCUGGUGUCAUGGCUAACAGGAAAGAAGUGUGUGUGUGUCUCUGUGUGUGUGUGAGAGAGACAUGUGUGUCUUCCUCUCUGCAGUCUGCUCCUUGUAAAAACCAGAAUGAAGUCUUCAUCCCAUACACUUACCCUGGAUGUCUUUUGUUAAGGCGGACUGUUUGACUUUACAAGCUGUGUGACAAGACAAGUUAUGAGCCUAAAACUUCUCACCGGUAAAAUGAGAAAAGAAAAGAACAUUUUUCUUUUGAUAAGUGAUUUGAAGCAACUAUGAUGGUUGAAAUACUACUGUAAAUAGAGAUGUAAUUAAAGGCAAAAACUAAAAAAUAAAUCUACCUUUUGAAAAA